GAUGUGCUGUGAAACUGACAUGGAGCUGGAAGAUGUAGCCAAGCAGAAUGGAUUCAGAUGCUUCAAAGCAUUGUUAAAAAUGUGUGGGUCCCCAUGAAACCUUACUGUACUGAAGUUUACCAGGAGAUCUGGAUCGGAAUGGGGUUGAUGAGCUUCAUUGUUUAUAAAAUCAGGAGUGCUGAUAAAAGAAGUAAAGCUUUGAAAGCUCCUGCACCUGCUCAUGGUCAUCACUAACCAGCCUCACUUGGAGCACACAAGAGA